CCUCGCACUCGCAAUCCCUAAACGUCACAGCGCUUCACCCCUCACGACACGAGUUCGCCCGCCGCUCGCCUAACCGUCGGCCUCCGACGUCCAUGCCCGUCCAGCCAUCUACCCACAGACUUCCGCACUCCAAAAUCCCAAUUUCAGGUGGCCUGAACUCGAAGUCGAAGUCGAUUAUACCGACCUCUACCUCGCCGGCACUUGUUCAAAGCUUCACCAGUUCUGUCUUCCUUCAAUUUGUGAGUCACAGAUUCUGGGGCUUGAAGACAAAGUUAUACUGGGUUGGUUUCUCAAUCUUAUAGAGGAGCAUCUGCAACAAGUUCUUUGCUUUAGCGCUUACCCACACCCACCCACCCACCCACAUCUCUUUCUCAAACCAUGUAGAAAAAUGUAAGAUAUUGAUUAGAAAGGAAAUAUCUCCAUUAACGUAGCGUCUCCCUUAUCUGACGGAAAAUCUGCACUUUGACUUUCUAUUAUUGCUUGUUAGUGCUGGAUAUUUCAUCUCCUUUUCGCUUGGCAAUUCUAGGAAACGUAAUUGUCUUCUUUCUCUUCAUGAAUAUCUCAUUGCCUUCAUUCUUUGAUAUUCGUUUGAUUGUUGUUCGUUGGGAAUAAGGAACCUUAUUUUUCUGCUUUAGACAUAGUCAUUGCUUGCUGCAAUAUAUGGCUUUAUUUUCUUGGAAUACCCGAGUGUUAGAACUGUUCGUGAAUGUAAACAUCUGGGCCAGUUUGAGUUUGAUUUGAGCGUAAAUUCUUUCUCUCCUGGAAUAUCUUUUGGAGGUUUAACUGGUUAUUUGGGAAUGUUUAGAAGGUGUUUGAUAGAAUGCCUGAUACAUUUUCUUUUCCUCUUCUUUCCUUCUAGGUUAAAAUGAAGCAAGUAUUUGUCAUUUUGAUAUGGUAAGAUGCUCAAUAGGCAAGUGUUUUGACAUUACCCGAUACAACUGUCAAGAAUUAAAAACAUUUUGCAAUCUAAUUAUAGCUGGGUUGCGUGUGAUGUCUAUGCCUUGGAGCUGAAAUAAGCCUUUCUGAUUGUACAUAUGUGCCACACGGCCAUACUACCUCUUCCCACCCGCCUAAGAAAAGUUGUUACUUGUAGGUGAUUUGUCAUGAAAGAGCCUCUUUGUUGUGAUUCUUGUGUACAUGGGAGAGAGGUGCCAAACUGUUGUAUAGAAAGUCUCAAUUUUUCAAAUGGGUGCUCCUCUUGCACAUGAAGAGACCAACAAUCUCCUCUUCACUCCAUUAUCUAAAAAUUAGUGACUGUCGUCUGCUUUUGGGUUUUGAUCCAACAUAUUCUGGAUGUCGAAGAUAUCUGAGUGGGAGAGCCUCUCUUGUAGGUUCAACCAAUACCAGACCUUUUCCUGAUUAUUCCCCAAAGAAGUCUGCUAUUAAAGAUUCUGAAUUUGUGCGUCAAAUCUCCAAAACGAUAAAGCUUCGCCGUUCUGAGCCUCUUCGCCACAUUCUGAAACCUUAUGAAUCCAAAUUCAGGCCUGAUCAUCUAAUUUGGGUUCUUAUGGACAUAAAGAAUGACUAUGAACUGGUUUUAGAUUUCUUUAACUGGGCACGUCUGCGCAGAGACCCAACACUGGAGGCCCUUUGUAUAGUAGUUCAUAUUGCUGUGGCAUCAAAGGACUUAAAAAUGGCACACAGCCUGGUUCAUGAUUUCUGGGCAAAGCCCAAUCUGGAUGUUGACCAUUCUUUUGCAAAUUUUACUGAGCGGUUAAUAUAUACAUACAAGGACUGGGGUUCUGACCCUCAUGUAUUUGAUAUAUUUUUCCAAGUCUUAGUUGAAGGUGGGAUGCUUUUAGAAGCCAGACAACUUUUUGAUAAAUUGUUAAAUUAUGGUCUUCUGGUCUCUGUAGAUUCUUGUAAUUUGUUUCUAGCUAGGCUGUCAAACAAUUUUGAUGGAAUAAGGAUGGCAUUAAAGGUAUUUAACGACUAUCCAGGAGUAGGUGUUCCUUGGAACACCACAUCAUAUAAUGUCAUUCUUCAUUGUCUGUGUCAGUUGGGUAUGAUCAAAGAAGCGCACCUUUUACUCAUACAAAUGGAAUUUAAGGGCCAUAUGCCUGAUAUUGUAAGUUAUAGCACUAUAAUUAGUGGAUAUUGUCAAAUUGGACAGCUAGAGAAGGUUGUAAAGCUUGUAGAAGAGUUGCAGAGAAAGGGAAUCAAACCAAAUGAAUACACUUACAAUGAUGUAAUUCUUCUUCUUCGUAAGACUGGUAAAGUAGUUGAACCUGAUAAAAUCUUGUGGGAAAUGAGAAACCAGGGGAUAUAUCCUGAUCAUGUGAUCUACACAACCAUCAUAAGUGGUUUCUGCAAGUCUGGGAAUAUUUCAGCUGCAUACAAGUUCUUUAAUGAAAUGCAAGGUAAGAAAAUAAUACCUGAUUUUGUGACAUAUACUGCUAUGAUUCAUGGAUUUUGUCAAAAUGGGAAAAUGGCGGAAGCUCAAGAUUUUUUCAGUCAAAUGCUUAGUAAAGGGUUGGAAGUAGAUGAGGUUACUUAUACAGAACUCAUUGAUGGAUAUUGCAAGGCAGGGGAAAUAAAAGAAGCCUUUUCUUUACACAACCAGAUGGUUCAGAAAGGGUUGACUCCAAAUAUUUUCACUUAUACUGCACUGGUUGAUGGACUUUGUAAACGUGGAGAGGUAGAUGUAGCAAAUGAACUUCUUCAUGAGAUAUCUGCAAAGGGCCUACAACCAAAUGUUUGCACUUACAAUGCUUUCAUCAAUGGCCUUUGUAAGAUAGGAAAUAUAGAACAAGCGUUAAAAUUGAUGGAAGAAAUGGAACUUGCUGAAAUUUAUCCCGAUACUGUUACAUACACGACUCUUAUGGAUGCUUACUGUAAGAUUGGGGAAAUGGCCAAGGCUCACAAGCUGCUUCGCAAGAUGCUCGAUAAAGGACUUCAGCCUACAGUUGUUACAUUCAAUGUGCUAAUGAAUGGGUUUUGCCUGUCAGGAAUGCUGGAAGAUGGUGAAAGACUAAUUCAAUGGAUGUUAGAUAAGGGUAUAACACCAAAUGCUACCACAUUCAAUUCUCUUAUGAAGCAGUACUGCAUUAGAAAUGACAUGCGCGCUGCCACGAAUGUUUUCAGGAGUAUGCAUGCCGAGGGAGUGGCAGCCGAUGGUAACACAUAUAAUAUCUUGGUAAGAGGGCAUUGUAAAGCUAGGAAUAUGAAAGAGGCAUGGUUUUUGCAUAGAGGAAUGAUUGAAAAGGGAUUUGAUCUCACAGCCUCUUCCUAUAAUGCCAUUAUAAAAGGGUUCUUCAAGAGGAAGAAAUUUGUGGAGGCGAGGCAAUUUUUUGAUGAGAUGAGAGCAAAAGGAUUGGUAGCAGAGAAAGAGAUAUAUGAUAUAUUUAUUGAUGUAAAUUAUGAAGAAGGGAAUUUAGAAAUUACCCUUGAGCUUUGUGAUGAAGCAAUGGAAAACUGUCUUGUUGGUAAGCUCCAGCAAGAGCGCACAUAGGUGAAUUUUGUCUUCGGUUCUCUUGCUUGGUGGCUGAUCUGAAAUUAAUUUGAACCUCAGAACAUCUAUGAUUCAAAUCACAAGAGAAGCAUGUUUGACUCUCAUUUUUAUCGGAGAAACAGGUAGAUUUCUCACAAGCAUAUUGAUAAAUACAGGGAAAAAGUCUGUGUUGGACUGGACACUUUCCUGGGACAGAGAAUGACCUCCGUGAAAGAAACAAUUACAAUUAAUAAAACAUCAAAUUGAAGUUUCUCUUUAAGCUUUUGAUUUUUCUGAUGGGGUAGUUUCGCCAUCAUUUGAAGCCUGUUGAAGGUGAUGUAAUAUGAGAGAGAAUUCAUGAAUGAUAUAGGUUUUUUUUUUUUUUUAUUUGUCCUUUGCUGUACUCUUAUCAGUUGAUGUAAAUAACUCCUGAUUCCCGAUUGGCUGUCGAAAUUUUACUGAGGAGAAUAUAAAUGAAGGUCCAAACUUGAAAGCCCAUUCUGGGUUCGAA